AUGGAUGAUAUGAGUAAUCGUCUGAACGUGGUCACUGAUUUUGUUGAAAAACAACAACAGAAGGAGUCAGAUCUACCCGUGACUUCAUUGAAGGAGAAAAAAACUCCAAAGAAGAAAAAAAAGGUGGUGAAAUACAAGUGCUCUUACGAAUCUAAUGAUUAUAAAAUGAUGAACCGGCAAACCCUUUUCGUGACGGGGUUCCGUUGUUCCUUUCCUUCGGCUGUUAUCAAGCGCAAACUGACAGAACACUUCAGUUCUUAUGGAAAGGUCGCAAUGGUUUAUCUUCCCCUUCAUUGUAAAACCGAUUCUUCCAUAGGAUAUGCUUUCAUUAAUAUGAGAGAUGAUGAAAAGGAGGCGUUAAAGCUCGAUGGCACUCGGUUCGAUGGGAUGUAUCUCGAGGUUACGAUGGCUUAUGGGAGAAGCGAAUACCAUGUAUCUACUAAUCGUCGUGGUUGUAAAAGUUGCCUUCGUAAUCUGAUGAAGCGCCGUAGGGAAGAUGUCAAUCCUCGUGUCAGAAGACUCCCAAAACUCCCAGACAACCUUCCUAGUCCUGAUUUCGUUGAUUUCGUCUAG